CAACUUGACAGCUGAAACCUCAAAGCAUUUUCCCAUCACUUGAUUACUUACAUAAAAAUAAAAUUGGGUUUUGGUUGAUCGAUGGUUGUGUUUUCCUAAAAUGUUUCGUUUGGCGAUUUCUGCUGUUCGGAGUAUACGGCCUCUUUCGAUUUCGUAUUUGAAUGCUGCCAAUAUUAUUAGUAGUAGUUCAAGGAACUAUGGCACUUUUCAAAACCUGUUAAGGACGCCCAUUCACACAUGUAUCAAACAAAAUUCGUUGGUGAAUAAUACACAGAUUUUGGAUAUAUCAUCGAAGUUAAGUGUCGUUCCUGUUAGAACUGUUACAAAAUUCAGUUUACAGAAGGGUAAAAGGAAGACAGUGAAGGCAGCAGUGCGACGAUUCUUCCGUUUACAUUGGGGAGGAUGGAUAAGGUCUAAGGUGGGCAGGCAUAAGAAAAUGUGGAAGAAAUCCUCUUCACAAAAGAGAAGAUUGAGGCAACAUGUCUUCUGCAACUCUACCCAGAGCACAAUGUUAGACAAAAUGGUGACAAAGUUUUGGAAGAAGCCAAAGUACUAUGUUGAUGACCCUUAUGCACCAUACCAUACAAGAGAAGAAUUCACCACUACAAGGACAAAACCUUUUGUGAAACAAUGAAAUAAUAUUGUUAAUGUUAGAAUAAAGUUUACUUAGUUUCAGUAAUAAAUUAUUAAGUGUAUAUU